AUGCUCCUGAACGCCUCCAUCCCUCUGUCUGUGGACUUUAGCAGCCCGCAGGACUUCGUCAUCUUCAUCUUCCACAUCCUCUUCGGCACGAGCGCAGCGACUCUCGCCAGUUCCGUGGCUCUGGGGAUCAUCUCCACACCGUCCCUGCGAGCCCAGAACCGCUUCGUCUUCAUGCUGAACACCAGCAUCAGCGACACCCUGACGGGCCUCUCCGUCUUCUACCUCGGCCUGUUCGACGUGAAGGAGGGCUACCCCUCCAGGAACGGGACCUUCUACAUCCUGCCCUCCUUCCUGGGGGUGAACGUGCUGACUUUCCUCUUUGCUCAGAUUGACCGUUACUUUGCUGUAUGUCACCCGUUCUUGUACCACCGCUACGUCACGCGCUCCGCGGUGGUUCUGAUCUGCGCGUUCUGCUGGAUCUACACCUACUCCAUCCUCACGGUGCAGAACUUGGUGCCGAUCUCGAAGGCCGCGCAGAUCAACGCGUUCGGGGUCAUGACCCUGCAGGUGAUAGUCCUCAUCAAGCUGAUCAUGACGGUGAAGCUGUACGUGAUCGCGCGCCAUCACCUGGUCAGGGAGGCGCCGAGCGCAGAGCGGGACAACAAGAGGGAGUCUCUGCGCAUCAUCGUCUUCGUGGUCAUCUGUUUCCUGGCUCUGUGGUGUCCGUCGUUUGUCAACAUCAUCGUCCGACAGCUGAGCAGCCACGGCCUCACGUUCAGGAACGAAGCCACCAACCUUUUCGCCAUCAUGGCGCGCAUGAACGCGCUGGUCACGCCGGCGCUGUACGUGUGGGGCAGCCCGGCGCUGCGCAGGGCCGUGUGGAGAACAGUGUGGCGCGGGCUCUGCUGCGCGCGCGGGUCAUGA